AUGAGCAGCGUUAUCCAGCAAUGGCAUUCUUAUUUGAUUGGCGUUGCCUUCAAUAUUUCGACCUUUGUCAUCAAUAUCAACAAGGACCACGUGGCCAGAGGCUUUUUGAUUGGCAUGUUCGUCAACGUCGUUCUCUGCGCCGCUAUCAUCAUUGUCAUACCUGCUGUCAGCCCUUCGCACAGGGAGCCGUCCUUCAUCUUCGCUAGUGUGGAAAACAUCAGCGGCUGGAAGUCCAAGGGUAUGGCCUUCCUCGUCGGUUUGAUCAACGCGAACUACAGCUUUGGCCUGAUCGAUACUGCCGUCCACAUGGCUGAGGAGAUCACCGAGCCCGAGAAGAACGUCCCCAAGGCCCUGUACCUCACAGUCGGUAUCGGCUUCGUCACGGCUUGGCCCCUUGCAGUCCUCCUCAUGUACUGCAUGACCGACUUUGACGCAAUCGUCAACACCGAAACCGGUGUGCCGCUGCUCGAGCUCUUCUAUCUUGCCCUGCGAAAAAGCAAGGUAGGCGCAAUAAUCAUGAUGUCCUGCCUAAUCGUGGCCUGGACCUUUGCGCUUGUGGCCCUCCACGCAUACCAGUCGAGAAUCUGCUGGUCCUUUUCUCGAGACAAUGGACUCCCAUUCUCAAGACUCUGGUCAAGGGUUCAUCCCACCCUCAACAUCCCACUUAACGCCCUCGUUCUGUGUGCUAGCCUGAGCGCCAUUGUGUCGGUGCUGUGCAUCGCCUCCACGACGGCCUUCAACAGUCUGGCUGCCGGCGUCAUCAUCUUCCCAUCCAUUACCUACACGCUGCCUGCUGCAUAUUCGUUGCUUCCUCGAAACAAGGAUGUCAGGGGCUCUUUCAACACCGGGGUUUUUGGAACCAUCUCGAGAGUCUUGACCAUAUGUUUCUGCGUGUUUGCCAUUGUCAUCUACUCGUUCCCUUACAUCAUGCCUGCCACUGGAUCCAACAUGAACUACGUCUCUGCCAUCAUUGCGAUCAUUGUCUUUGGCACUGUUAUCGACUGGAUCUUUCGCGCUCGCAGGCACUUCAGGAUCAGAGAAUCUGCAUAG